AUGACCAUUCUCGACUUCCUCCGCAAGGUCCUGCGGCACCUCGCUGCACUCCUCCUCUUUCGAUCGUCCCUGAAGACCUCAUCUGUGUCACCCAAGUCCUCCAACAAGGAAUUUACAGUAGUGGAAACAACGGAAAACAUUCGCACGUUAGAUUCCCUCAAGGAUGAGAUCAUGCGCCUAUUCAGACAGCCGUGUAACAUACGCCGGAUGCUGUCCAUGUCUUCCGCAAUCCGCAUACAGUACAAAGCCAGGUUACGAGACAGUGAGGCUUGUAUGCUACCCUCAUUCAGCCACACCCUCCCCAGCGGACAAGAAACAGGCACGUAUGUGUCCCUAGAUGUUGGUGGGUCUACCUUCCGAGUGGCCAUAGUUGCGUUAAGCGGAAGAGAGGGUCAAUCAACUCCCAUGUGCAUCGAACACAUGAGCACAUUCAGGAUUGACGAACGAAUACGCCGAUUACCCUCGAAAGAAUUCUUUGAUUGGAUGGCAGGCAGUAUCCAAGCCACGUUAGAGUCACAAUCAAGAGACUGGCCGUCCGAUCAGCCUCUUCCCGUGGGGCUAGCGUGGAGCUUUCCAAUCGAGCAAACAAGUCAUCGGAGUGGCAAGAUGCAGAAUAUGGGCAAGGGCUUCGCGUGUCAUGAAGAUACGAUUGGCAUGGAUCUGGGCACGUUGAUCGAGGCUGCAUGUGCAAAACGACAAUUGAACGUUAGCGUCAACGCCAUUGUCAAUGACUCUUCUGCCACACUACUGUCUCAGGCUUACCUGGAUCCUGCUACCUCGAUGGGCUUGAUUCUGGGGACCGGAACCAAUGCCGCAGUAUAUCUGCCUACUUCGUGCAUGGGGUUGUCCAAAUUUGGCACAAGGGAUCAGUCUUGGUUUCAGAGUGCUGGUAAGGUCAUCACCAAUACCGAACUUUCAAUGUUUGGAAAAUCUAUCCUGCCACAAACCCGCUGGGACGAGAUUCUGAACAGAGAACAUCAACACCCUGAUUUUCAGCCUCUUGAGUAUAUGACUACAGGUCGUUAUCUUGGAGAAUUGCUAAGGCUGAUCAUCAAUGAGGCCGUCGACACGCGGGACCUGUUUGAUGGGAACAUGCCACUUGCUUUGACCGAACCUUACUCGCUGGACACGCAAACCAUGGCAAGACUCGAACAGGACAGUUCCAGCGAUAUGGGUGAUUCGAUAUCCAUGAUAAAGACCACUUUCGAGCUGAAGGUGCCCCCUUCGAUCGAAGAGGUGACUUUUCUACGCACGGCAGCCGAGAUGAUCUCGUAUCGGGCCUCUGCUUACAUGGCAGUAGCCGUCCACGCCCUGUGGGCGUUGCAAAAAGAUGUAGACAUUAAUCCAGUCACGGACAAAGGAUGCCCCAAGACGUCCAUUGCAUGUAAUGGCAGUGUCAUCCUCAAAUAUCCUGGCUUCAAAAACAGGUGCGAGGACUUACUUCGACAGAUGGUGAACGAAGCUUCACCAGCAACAUCAUCUCUUGCCAAAGAAUCAAUCGUUCUGCAAGCGACUGAGGAGGCAGCCAUUUAUGGUGCCGCUGUUGCUGUCGCUCUAGCUGAAACGCAUUGA